CAAUGCUGAGUUUUGUUCAUGGAAUUCGAUUAGAAAAGCAAUAUAUUUUAAAUAAGUGCAGUUUUAUUCAAGUACAUAAUCAUUACAGUAGCAAUAUAGUUGAAUUCUGUUCUGAAUUACAAACCUACUUUGGUCGUCAUAAAAAUUUAUAUGACUAAUAAUGCUGACUAUUGUAUUGCAUCAGACACCCAUUGGUAUCAAAGACUGUGUUUGGCACCAUUGUCGUUCUCCACCAUUUUGUGUUGUUAUCCAUAAUUUCUUUGACGGUUCAGAGCAUGACUCAGGCAAAGACACUAGUACGUCACCGGGUGGUGGCUGACACGGACUGUAGUGCGGAGGUGGGUGGAGACGCACAAUGCUGCCAUACGCCACCCUACACACCACGUAUACGCUGGCCUGAUCUGCUAGCCCAGGUGUUUGUGCAUGGUGGUGCUCUCUAUGGGAUAUUCCUCAUGAUUACAGCUGCUCGGUGGUAUACGACACUCUGGGCAUUUGGACUGGUGUACACAUCAGGGUUUGGUAUCACUGCUGGAGCUCACAGACUAUGGUCACACCGGGCUUACAAGGCAACUUGGCCCCUCCGUCUGAUCCUAGUUUUUCUAUUUACCAUCGCUGGCCAGAGGCAUGUGUACGCAUGGGCACUGGACCACAGGAUACACCACAAGUUUAGUGAGACCGACUCCGAUCCCCAUGAUGCACGUCGGGGUUUCUGGUUCUCCCAUGUUGGCUGGCUGGUGCUCACUCCUCAUCCUGCCGUAGAGGCACGGCGGAGUGCCGUCGACAUGUCAGAUCUCGACAGUGAUCCUAUCGUUGUCUGGCAGCGGAGGUUAUACAUCCCACUGUUUGCCAUUCUAUGCAUUGGCCUGCCAGUCCUCACCCCAUGGUACUACUGGAACGAGGAUCUGUGGAUUUCAUUCUUUGUCAACUUCAACUUCCGCUUCUCUUUCACACUUAAUAUGGCUUUUGCUGUAAACAGUUUCGCCCACAUGUAUGGUGCUCGACCAUAUGACAA